GCCACCGCUGGGAGGUGGGUGUGUGUGCGCGCGUGCACGAGGCUCCUGUCAGUGUGCGUGCCCGUGUGCGUGAGAGUGCUCGUUCUCGUGACGUUGCCCCCCUCCCUCCCUGCCAGGCCUUCUCUGCGUCCCCGCGCUUCCGCCAUGUUGUUGUGGUUGUGAGAAGGAAGGAAGAGCCCAGAGCCAGAAGUGACAGCAACCGACAACGGGGAGGGGGGGGAACGACAGCUGACACCGGGGACCUCAUCCUACAGAGCUGCACGGUAACCAGGGUCCCCAUAGAGCUUGUGUCAUUACACCCAGCCCACUCUUUGUGUCAUCAUAUAUGCCCUUAUUAUCCUUUAAGAAAAUGUAUUGAAGGUUAAUCACUUCCCAGGAGGAGCUGACGUUAUUACAGGCAAAAUCAGUCUGGUGGAGAGACCUCAAGGAAGAGCAGUCAUCCACCAUUGCCUUCCUUACCUGUUCUGGAUAAAACAUGGAUGAGGAGAGUCAGACCAGUCUAGAAUGUAUCCAAGCAAAUCAGAUUUUCCCACGCAAGCAACUUAUUCGGGAAGAUGAAAAUCUUCAGGUUCCUUUCCAAGAGUUGCAUGGUGAGAGCACAGAAUUUGUGGGACGGGCAGAGGAUGCCAUAAUUUCUCUUUCCAACUAUCGGCUGAACAUUAAAUACAAGGAGUCCUCUAUUAAUGUUCCUCUGCAACUGAUAGAAUCUGUAGAGUGUAGAGAUCCCUUUCAGCUUCACUUGACCUGCAAAGACUGCAAAGUAAUCAGGUGCCAGUUCUUCAACUUUGAGCAGGUCCAAGAUUGGCAGAAGCGUCUAAAUGCAACCUUGCGGCCACCAAGUCGUAUAGAGGAUCUCUUUUCCUUUGCUUACCAUGCCUGGUGCAUGGAGGUUUAUGCCAGUGAGAAAGAGCAGCAUGGAGAUCUGUGCCGCCCAGGUGAUCAUGUGAUUUCACGCUUUAAGAAUGAAGUGGAGCGGAUGGGUUUUGAUAUGGAUAAUGCUUGGAGAAUUUCCAAUAUCAAUGAGAAAUUCAGGGUAUGUUCCAGUUACCCACAAGAGCUGAUUGUCCCAGCCUGGAUAACAGAUAAAGAAUUGGAGAGUGUUGCCAGCUUUCGCUCCUGGAAGCGUAUUCCUACUGUGGUGUACAGGCACCAGAGUAAUGGAGCUGUUAUUGCCCGCUGUGGCCAACCUGAGGUCAGCUGGUGGGGGUGGAGGAAUGCUGAUGAUGAACAUCUUGUUCAGUCUGUGGCCAGGGCAUGUGCCAGUGACAACAGCAGAAGCAGUCCAGGCAAAAUGGCUAAUGGAACCUGCCCUCGUGGCCAUGGUAAUGGAGGUGUACUUACAGAUGUUGACUUUGACUCAUCCAUGUCAAAUACUCUGCCAUCUGAAAGCCCUUCUGUCCAGCCAAAAAAGUUAUUGAUUCUUGAUGCCCGAUCCUAUGCUGCUGCUGUGGCCAACCGUGCCAAGGGUGGAGGCUGCGAGUGCCCUGAGUAUUAUCCCAACUGUGAAGUUGUAUUUAUGGGAAUGGCCAAUAUACACUCCAUCCGCAAGAGCUUCCAGUCACUUCGACUGCUAUGCACACAGAUGCCAGAUCCAGCCAAUUGGCUGUCUGCUUUGGAAGGAACAAAGUGGUUACAGCAUCUAUCCAUGCUGCUGAAGUCUUCUCUGCUGGUUGUACACACAUUGGAUCGCGAUCAGCGCCCAGUUCUUGUGCACUGCUCAGAUGGAUGGGACCGCACUCCGCAGAUUGUUGCUUUUUCAAAACUCUUGUUGGACCCUUAUUACAGGAGCAUUGAGGGUUUCCAGGUGUUAGUUGAGACGGAGUGGUUGGACUUUGGGCACAAGUUUGCUGACCGCUGUGGACAUGGGGAAAACUCUGAAGACCUGAAUGAGCGCUGCCCAGUGUUCCUGCAGUGGCUGGACUGUGUUCACCAGCUACAGAGGCAGUUUCCUUGUUCUUUUGAAUUUAAUGAGGCUUUUCUGGUGAAACUGGUGCAGCACACAUACUCUUGUUUGUUUGGGACCUUCCUGUGUAACAAUGCCAAGGAGAGGAGUGAGAAACAUAUACAAGAACGGACGUGCUCUGUUUGGUCACUACUACGAGCUGGGAACCGCUCCUUCAAGAACUUGCUGUACUCCUCUCAGUCAGAAACUGUACUGUAUCCGGUGUGCCACGUUCGCAAUCUAAUGUUGUGGAGUGCAGUCUACCUCCCUGGCUCCUCCCCAUCAACACCUAGUGAGGAAUCCUGUACCCCAUACCCAACACCUGGGUCUGCCACAGAGGAGCCACCGCUCUGCAGGUUACCCAAGACCCGAUCAUAUGAUGACCUCCCAACUGCCUGUGAUAUAAGUGUGCCCUGUGUGAACAGGCGCAGCAGUGACCCCAGCUUGAAUGAGAAGUGGCAGGAGCAUCGGCGUUCUCUGGAGUUGAAUGGCUUGGGAAAUCCCGGAGAAGAGUUGCAAGAAGGGGAGAGACUACUCUUGGGGGCACAGCUCUCCAUGGCUGCUGGUGUUGGGGAAGGGCAAAUGGAAAAUAUUCUGCAAGAGGCUAGCAAAGAGGAGGCAGGAGGUGAAGAACAGGGAGGGAAGUUGGUCUGUGUGGAGGAAGAGACUGAGUUUGCAGAACGAAUACAAAAAACACAGGAAGAUCCAGAGAAAACAGAGGAUGGGGAGGAGGGUUCUUACUUGAACAGUGAUGUAGAAAAGAGUGAGAGUAACCAGGAAAAAACCAAGGGGGAUGCUGAAACUCCCAGCCUGAGUCCAGGGCACUUGUGUGCAGAAUCUGACCGACCAGAGUCUGAAAUUAGCCUCCCCAUUCAUGUAGUACCAGAGAUAUGUGCUAUUCAGGUAUGUGAGGGUGAAGGAACGUCUAGCCAGGGUGCUGAAGAAGAGCCCUCAGAUUCCUCUGAACCAGAAGAGAAUGAAAUAAAGGAGUAUGAAUUAACGAAGGAGACAAAACAGAGCAGUCCCAGUUCUGAUGUCCCUCGCCAUUUGCCAUCAGAGUUUGUUCUUGAAGGCUCUACAGAAACUUUAACAGAUGACCUUUCGGUUUCAUGGCCCUGCAGACUGGACCAUGUGACGGCAGCCAUCGAACUAGCACAAAAACCAGCACAGGGUUCUGAUGAGGUCCUAAUUAUGAUGGGCUUGCAGGGUUUGCAGAGCCAAAAUGAAAGGACGUGUUCUCCUUUUCCCCAUAUUCAUAGUGCCUUUCCCCCUACUGAAUGCAACUCACAAAAUGUGUAUAAAACGGACCAAUCUUCUCCCUCUGUCCCUGAUGGACCAUGUCUUAGCGUGGACAAUAGUCAGAAGAAGCAGACACUCUCACGGCAGAAUUCUAGCUUAAACAACCACCAGGUCCACCUCAGAAACCUCCAAUACAAGUGCCCAUUGCACACAUGUGGACGACACCGCAUAGGGAGCCCCCCAGAACAGCCAGCACGCAAUCACCUGGAUGAUGAUGGGAUGCCCUUGUAUGUGGAUGCUAUCCAGCAGAGAUUGAGGCAGAUGGAGACUGGUCAUCAGCAGGAAGUGGAGACUUUAAAGAAACAAGUGCAAGAGCUACGCUGUCGACUUGAAAGCCAUUUUCAUAACCGCUCUGUGUGUUUCAAUGGGGAAUUAGCAGAUGAGGUGACCUCCAUCCCAGAUUCUGAAAGUAACAGGGAUCCCAGCUGUUUGUCAGGCUGCAGCACAGAAUUCUUCUCUGAGGCCAGCUGGGAGCAGGUGAACAAGCGGGACACAGAGGUGACCAGAUGGCUUCCAGAUCAUCUCGCAGCAAAUUGUCAUAACUGUGACAGCAAGUUCUGGUUGGCAAGCCGGAAACACCAUUCUCAGUUCUCACAUUCUCUAGAACAAAAAUACAGCAGCAAUGGAUGCUUCCUCCAUCUCAACCAUGUUUCGCUCCUUGCAGGAAUACGGAAGCCGUGGCCAAAACGUGGAAUUGUGGAAAUGUUUUCUGCUCAACCUGCUGUAAUCAGAAGGUCCCUGUUCCAAGUCAACAGCUGUUCGAGCCCAGCCGAGUCUGCAAGUUAUGUUACAGUAAUCUCCACUCCAGCAUGGAACUGGAAACCCCAAUUACAGCUUCUUCUAACUAGGCAAUCAUCCUUCCAGGAAAACGAAGCAAGGCUGGACUUGUCCACAAUCUGCUGGAAGAAGUUAUUGAAGAUGGGAUACAAAGACAAAUCUGUUUAUUUUUUGACUGCCUUGUAUAUUUUCUCCAUUCUGCAUACUUUUUUCUUUUGUGUUGGAGCAGUGUUUUGGGGUUUGGUUGGGAGAUGCAUCCAUAUAACCUGGCCCUCCAUUCUGGCUUGGAAAGCUGCGGGAGUUAAGUUUAUCACUUCUCAAAAGAUUGAAGUGGUGAAAAGUCACAUCGUUCAUGUAAGAUAUGACUUGUUUGCACUUUGGGGCAUUCAGUUGUAUAUGGCAGAGGGAAAUCCCGGUAAGCAUGUUAUCAAGGUGCCCAAACCCUGUCUUUAGUAAUUGCAUCCCUACUUAUCCAGCAGAUUACAAAUAUAAAGUAAGCUGAAGAGCCUGAGAUUGCGUUUGUUACUGGGGCAUUCUUCAUCUGUCAGUGUAGCUAGCCUUCUGCAGUCCCAGGCUGUGCUGGUUCAAAGACUCUGAGAAACAGUACUAGGCUCACCUAUAAUGUACUGUAGACAUUGUAUAACACAAAUGACCAAGCUUAUUAUCUAAUUUUUGCAGCCUUUUUAAAUUAUUUUUUUUUAAAUUGUAUUCACUAAUCGGCAUAUGUUGAUCCAAACAUGGGUUCUAAAUGGGCCUGUGUGUUUACAUGUGUUCAUACAAGUAGUACUAUCUGGCUGCAUGGGAUAUUGGAGGCUGGGACAAGGCUGUCUUGCCUUGGAAUCAUUUUGUGGGUCUGCAUAUAAAUUCUGCAGUCUGGCAGUUUUGUUUGUAUACUUUCCUUCCUGGAAUGAGCAUUACCUAAGUGAGAUAACUAAGAACUAAUGAUAAGCUAUUGCCACAUCCCUACCCCCGCAUGCUCUCCGCUCUUGCCAAGGGCUGCCCUGUGGAGCUUCAGUGUUACACAACAAGUACGUCUAAGCACCUUUAUAACACAGACUCUUCCACAGAGGGAUGAAAAUGUAACAGUUUCAUCAAUAAGUACUUGUUCUACAGUGACACAACCUUAUAGGCCCUACACAUUUGACGAUUGGCCACCGAGGUGCCCUACGGGCGACCCGGCGGCGGGGGGGCAGUGACGGGGGGAGUGAAGUUUCUUCACUCCCCCCGUCACCCGGCUCCGUAGACUUGCAGGCAAAUAUUGACGAUCUCGUCCAUAUUGGCCUGCAUGCACAGCCUACAUGGCACCAGCGAUGAACGAGCGCGGGGCUGCGCAUCGUUCAUCGCUGGUGCCUCCACACUGCACGAUGUGAACGUUAUCUCGUUCAUUAAUGAACGAGAUCGUUCAUAUCGUGCAGUGUAGUAGCCCAGUGUGUAGGGCCCAUUAUUAUUUUUAGGGGGGAGGGGGGUGUUUUCAAAACAGUCCAACCCUUCUUCUAGUAACUGGAGCAUACCAUGUGUUACGGUGCAGAAAAUCUAUCUAGAUAUAGCUCUUAAACUUUCAGUGCUAUAGAAAUUAUAACACAUGGACAUAAUAGAAGUAUUUGCAGCUCGAACAUGAAGCUAUUAGGGGAUGCAUUAUGGAAUUAUUAUUUUUUGCACUUUUCCAUUGUUUUUGUACAAAUAUUUAUUUCUCUCCCUCACUCGAGUGCACUUAAUUAGCGAACCUGCGUAGUCAUUUUCCCUAGGAGGCAGCCUAAGGGGAUGCGAGGGCUAAUGAAUUAUUGAGUGGGGCAGUAAGACAAUGUUGUAUUCUCUACUGCAGGGCAGCAGGGGCCCAAAUCAGAAAGUCCUAUUUUAAAACAGGGGUUACAACGCCCAGAACAUUUGCCGUAAUUGUUAGAAAUAAGAAAUUUCAGUCAUACAGUACGUAGUUCAUAAUAAACUUUCAAAACUGAGGACUAGAUAUUUUAGGUUCUCUAUAAGAACAUCUUCAAGUUUAGUAGCUAAACAUCAAAAUUAUAUAGUGCAUUAUGAAUUAAGAGUAUGGGGUAUAUUUACUAAAGUGCGAUAUUUAGAAAUGGAGAUGUUCCCCUUAGCAACCAAUCAGAUUCUACUUAUUUGUCUAGCACUUUCUAGAAAAUAAUAAGUAGAAUGUGAUUGGAUGCUAUGGGGACCAUCUCCAUUUCUAAAUACCUACACUUUAGUAAAUAUAUCCCUGUGUGUCUUAAGUUGGUAGCAGCUCUGAUGGGAGAACACAGCCAAGAAAAUACUAAAAACCAGAGGAAGUUCUUGUAAUAUUGGGAGGCAGCUCAUCUGCAGAGAUUUUAAAUUAUGAAUACUUUUUUCUCUGAGAGAAAAGGAAGACCUACUCGGUCUAGCUAUACAGUGCACCAUUUAUAUUUUUUAAAGAAUGUAACUGUAAAAGUCAUAAUUAAAAAAAUGUUAUACCUCCCAGAUGGUGGUAGGUUUUUGGAAAUAUCUGAUGAAUGUUGAAGAGCACAGGUCCUUUUUUCUGUCAAGGUCAACAGCAUUCAUUACAGGGCUCAAUUGGUGACUGUGAGGCUUCGUGAAUCUGCUACUGUUCUCUCUCCUGUGAGGAACAUCCCUGAUUGCAGACUCUGGUCCAUAAAGCACUUUUUACCCCUUUCACUGUUCUUUUCUUUGUUCUGUAUGAGAACUGAUUUGUUAGAUUUUGUGUGUAUAUAUAUAAAUAUAUAUAUAAACUCUAUCCCUUCUAACGAAGCAGAUAAAGAGCUUCUAUAUUUUUCUUUUUGUCAAAGCAAGAAGUAAAUAAUUUUAGCAUUGUUAACUAUAUAAAUAAACGUAAAAUAAAGUUGAGUUCACA